GCGACAGAUAGUAAAUACAGGCGCUUAACGUUUUCACCCACCUCCCUUUUGGUUGAGCCUAUUUAUUUACCGCACACUUCCAAACGCGUCUCUUGCACAACUUCCACUUUCGUCUUUCGUUACAACACAACAACAACUUUCAUUUCGUCCGUCGUUACAACCCCACUCUACACUAUCGUUUCAUCACCCUUUCUUUUGUUUCCAAUCAAUUCAAACUUCAACGAUCAAUUCAAUCUUCCAACUCGUCAAGAUGAAGAUCAUCCAGGCCAUUCUUUCCGCCUUCUGGCUUCUGACUCUCGUCCACGGCGUAUUCGGAGUCGGAGUCGGUGGAUUUCUCAAUGCUGAAGGUGGCGACGAUGGCGAUAAAGCUGCCGUUGCCGUUGGUCACGAGGCUCCUUGGUUCACCAUCACCCCUCCUUCUCUUCCAACGAUCACUGCUUUCUCUCCCGACUUUGGUGGAACCAACAACAUCUACAAGACCACCCCUGAUGUUCCUUCAACCCCGACUGAGACUGAAGCUUCCGCCACUCCUGUUGACACUGCUGCCAGCACUAAGGUCACCGCUAACACUGCUGCCAUCACUCGACCCAUCGACUAUCCAACUGCUGUCAUCACUCGACCCAUCGACUAUCCAACUGCUGCCAUCCCCGACGUCGUCAACACUCCAGUUGCCAGUGAGACCGUCGAUAUCUGGGUCGUCACCACCGUUUCCGCCUACGUUACGAUCUGCCCCAGCCCAACCACCUUCACGCAAGGAGUUCAGACCUACACCAUCACCGAGGCCACCACUCUGACCAUCUCCAACUGCCCAUGCACCAUCAGCUACCCUGCCCCGCCAACCGUUGCCACCAACCCUCCUUCCGUCACCUCGAUCCCUGUCCAGCCCAUUGGAACUGCUCCCGUCCAGCCUGUUGGAUCCGUCCUCACCCCCAGCGGCAGCCCCAUCGUCGUCACCAACAACACCGUCACCCCCAUCGUCAACCCUCCAGCUGUCUCCUUCAACUCCACCCGCACGACCUUCAUCGCCGUCACCGCUCCCCCACCACACGCCACCCAGCCUCUCAUCACCCUCGGUGGCAGCACGACUGUCAUUCCCACCCCUGUCGCUGAGACUCCCGUCCCAGUGCCCAACACCCCGGUGGUCCCAGUGCUGCCGACCCCAACUCCUGCCACUGGAGGCGCGGAUCGCAUUUUCAUUGGCCUUGGUGCUGCGUUCCUCAGCGGGAUCGUCGCGGUCUUCCUCUGAGCGGCGGGUGUGCAUCGCCCCUGUGCACAUGUUUUAUUUGUGUGUGGCUGGCGUGUUUUCAGGCACCAUGGCUGUGGAAAAGAUGGAUUUGAGUUUGCGAAUAAUGGAGACUUUUAAUGGGAUAUGAGGAUAAUGGAUGCAGUUUGUUUUGUGCUCUACUUGACCUGAUCUUGAUUCUUUUGUUCGGAUUCGCUCGAUUACUAUGGACAUGCUGAUGAUGAGGGAUCUGUUAUGAAUGGGCUGAGAUAGGCUAGGGCAAUUACUUUAAUGCAAACUGCCGUCAUUGAAUCUAUUCAUAUCAUGCAUGUUUAUGUGAAAUGAAGUGACGGAGUAUGAGAUGAAGUGAAUUUGAUAUGAUGAAUUCAUACCUGUGCUACCCAGAAGUGUUCCCAGAGCCUGCGCGUAAAUUACACCUUGCGUCGCUGCCCACAGAACCACUCACACUAUAUGCAGCUCCUACAGCG